AUGGGUGAGUGGGACUUCAUCGGGGGAUUCUUUAAAGACCUCCAGACCGAGUCGCCGAUGCUGGGUCGUUUCUGGCUCGUCCUCAUGCUGGUAUUUAGGAUAGUGAUCCUGGGAACUGUAGCCAGUGACAUGUUUGAGGACGAGCAGGAGGAAUUUACCUGUAACACCCUCCAGCCAGGAUGUAAGCAGGUGUGUUAUGACUUGGCUUUCCCCAUCUCCCAGUACAGAUUCUGGGUGUUUCAUAUAGUCCUCAUCGCUACACCUUCUCUGCUUUACCUCGUGUACGCCACACACCAGCAUAACAAGAGUGCCAACCCCUCUCCAUCGAAGAAAAGGAGCAGCAGGGAGAACAGAGAAGAAAAAGCUUUAAGGACACUCUACAUUAUCACUCUGAUCUCCCGCAUAGUGGCAGAAAUCGGCUUCUUAUUUGUCCAGUGGUAUCUCUACGGCUUCAAGGUGGAGGCCCAGUUCCCAUGUGACCGAUUUCCCUGCCCCUACACGGUGGACUGCUUCACCUCCCGACCUGCAGAAAAAACAGUCUUCCUCCUCUUCUACUUUGCUGUAGGGGUGAUAUCAGCAUUUUCCAGCAUUGUGGAGCUUCUCUAUAGCUCUGGGAAGUGGUUUUGCUCAAAUCAGAAGAAAUUGGAGCUAUAUGACCAAUGUGACUGUGAGAACCUCCACAACCUCAAGCAAGUGGAGACAGAGGAGAAAGCAGCAGUAAAGAUGACGUCAGAAAGAACAGCCAGCAGUGCGAGAGCAAAGAAGGGAUCAGUGAGAAGCAGCUACACUCGAAAGGUCUACAGCAGUGGUCACAAGUGCAAAAGUCCACCAGGAAAACAUCUGCAGCAGCAGCAACACAAUGCACCAGGUUUCAACACUGGCAAGUGGCAGAAAUGGCGGCUAGCAACAGCGGACAUGACUUUGUCGUACGGUAUGGUCCUCAUGAUCCUCCACUUCGCCUACCAUGUUUUCUCAACUGUGGAAAACCUGCUUAAGAAUAACUGUAACAAGAACAUUCCUAUCACCCUCACUGUGCUGAUGCUUGGUGUUGAAGGCAUUCACACAGGCUGGAAAAUGAAGAUUCCCAACUGCAAAACAUGUGAGACUAUUAGUAACAUCCACUGUGUGCUCGACAGUGAGGAACCUCUGCCCACGUUGACGACAGAGAACGGCUUCUCUGGCUCCGGCCAUGUUGUUUGA